CAGAAAUGCUGGCAUGAGCUCUUCAGGAGACCAUGGGAAGAAAAUGGACAUACUGUGUGGUUUACGCCAUCAUCCAGAUACAGUUUUUCAGGGGAGCAUGGGAAGAACUAUUCAAUGCUGGAGAUAACAACGUGUAUGCUCUGCCUGGUUCUGAUGUCAACUUGACCUGCCAAACAAUGGAGAAAGACUUAAUGGUUCAGAUGCAGUGGUCCAAGGUCACAGAUGAGAUUGAUAUGAUUGUUGUUUAUCAUCCCCAAUAUGGCUUCCACUAUAUGCAGGGGGUUGCCUGUGAGUCACGAGUGGCUGCGGUAGAAACUCUGAAGGAUGCAACGAAAUGGACUCUGAACUUAAGGAAUAUCUCUUCCAGCCUCAGUGGAAAGUAUGAGUGCAGCUUCACUAUGUAUCCAACAGGCACCAAGACUAUAGUCUACAACCUCAUUGUGGAACCCUAUACACAAGAUGAACACAACCGUACAAUAGAAAUAGAGACAAAUCGGACUCUGGAAAUACCAUGCUUUCAAAAUACCUCCUCAGAAAUUUCACCUAGGUUCACCUUUUCAUGGUUGGUGGAGAAAGAUGGAGUGGAAGACGUUCUCUUCACCUACGAUUACCACGUCAGCAAUUCCACAGCAUUUAAAGGCAGAGUUGGGCUGGGUGCAGACUAUGGACUCCGCCUCUCCCCAGUCCAAAUCCAAGAUGAUGGCAGGACAUUCUCUUGCUUUCUGAGAAUCAGUCCUCUCAAAGUCUGGAAGACAUCCACCACAGUCAAGGUUUUUGCUAAGCCAGAAAUCCUCAUGACUGUGGAAAACACCACCAUGGAUGUCUUAGGAGAGAGAGUAUUUACCUGCCUUCUGAAGAAUGUUUUCCCCAAAGCAAGUAUUACCUGGUUAAUAGAUGGAAGACUUUUUCAAGGCAAUGAAGAAGGAAUAUACAUUACAAAUGAAGAAAAAAAUAGCAGUAGCGGAUUUUGGGAACUGAAGUCGGUUCUAACAAGGAUGCACAAUAGAACAUCCCAAUCAAACAAUAUGACAGUUUGGUGUAUGGCUCUGUCGCCAGGCCCUGGAAAUAAAAUGUGGAAUACUUCAUCACAACCCAUCACAUUUUCCUUGGAUUCUGGGACUGCCCCAACAAAACGUCUACCCAAUGUGACAGGUUCUACCCUGGGUGCACAAACCUUUCCAGAUGCCGAAGUAUCUCCUACAAGAUAUCUAGCUACAUCUUCAAUGACAAUUGUAGAUGAAAAUGUGUUGACACCAGACCCAACUCCUCAAACCAGCAAUUCCAGCAUGACUACUAAAGAUGUCAACUAUUCCCAGCCCUCCAGUGGGACAGAUGCCAAGAACUCCUCAAGAGCUGCUUCUUCUUCUGAUGGUGGAUCUCGGCCUUUUCCUUCCACCUCUCCUCCCAAAUGGCUCUCACUGCCUCAUACUUCCACUGGACCCCAGGAACCAGACUCCGCAGUUUCAUGGAUACCAACAGAUGCGUACACUUCAGGCUCUUCAGAUGCAAGCUUAACUUCUCACGAUGUCAUCAUCCGUACAACCAAAGAAUUUCCAGAUGUCCUCACAACUGCAAAUGGAACUACUAAAAUUAAACAUGGCCACGUCACAGGAAUCACAGUUAAUAAGCCCAGAGAUGGAAUGUCCUGGCCUGUGGCUGUCGCGACUUUGCUAUUUUUCUGCAUACUGUUGUUUGGGCUUGGAGUGAGAAAAUGGUGUCAGUAUCAAAAGGAAAUCAUGGAAAGACCCCCACCUUUCAAGCCACCACCACCUCCCAUCAAGUACAUGUGCAUUCAGGAACCCACUGGACGUGGCAUGCCUUGUCAUGAGAUGGAGGUCCUCUAAGCUUCUGAGCCUUGCGACACAGUGCAGCAGGACUGGAGUCCUGUAGGAGGGGGGAUAUCGUACGAUAUUAAUAUCGCCGCCAGCCAGACAUGCUCUGCUUCAGCUCAAAUGAAUGUUGGAAAUAAAAGAGUUGUUUCCCAGCACCUUGCCCCCCUUUCAUCUGCAAAUACCUGAGAUGUAAAUAAACAUUAGAGAAUAAAGCAUUGCCCACA